GAGCCGGGCGUCUGCAGCAGCGGCCGCGGUGGCGGAGGAGGCUGGAAGGGAGUCGGCAGCGCCGGCGGCGGGCUCGGCAGUAGCAGCAGCAGCAGGAGCAGCAGCAGGAGUCACAGCCAGCAGCAGCCCUGGGUCCCGCGGCGCCGCUCGCCCCGCCGCCUCCCGCACUGCCUGACCCGGCCGGCGAGCCCGCCCGCCGCCAGCCCCGCCAGCGCCCUCAGUCGUCCUCCGACUCGCCCUCGGCCUUGCGCGCCAGCCGCAGCCCGAGCCGCAACGCCACCCGCAGUCUGAGUCCCGGCCGCCGCCGCAGCCCCAGCUCGUGCCGCCGCCGCUGCUGCUCGUCCCGCCACCGGCCCCGCACCGACACCCUGGAGGUGGGCAUGCUCCUGUCCAAGAUCAACUCCCUGGCCCACCUGCGCGCCGCGCCCUGCAGCGACCUGCACGCCACCAAGCUGGCGCCGGGCAAAGAGAAGGAGUCCCUGGAGUCGCAGUACCAGGUGGGCCCGCUGCUGGGCAGCGGCGGCUUCGGCUCGGUCUACUCUGGCAUCCGCGUCGCCGACAACUUGCCGGUGGCCAUCAAGCACGUGGAGAAGGACCGGAUCUCCGACUGGGGAGAGCUGCCCAACGGCACCCGGGUGCCCAUGGAGGUGGUCCUGCUGAAGAAGGUGAGCUCGGGCUUCCCGGGCGUCAUCCGCCUCCUGGACUGGUUCGAGAGGCCGGACAGUUUCGUGCUGAUCCUGGAGAGGCCCGAGCCCGUGCAGGACCUGUUCGACUUCAUCACCGAGCGGGGGGCCCUGCAGGAGGAGCUGGCGCGGAGCUUCUUCUGGCAGGUGCUGGAGGCCGUGCGGUACUGCCACAGCUGCGGGGUGCUGCAUCGCGACAUCAAGGACGAGAACAUUCUCAUCGACCUCAGCCGCGGCGAGCUCAAGCUCAUCGACUUCGGCUCGGGGGCGCUGCUCAAGGACACGGUCUACACGGACUUCGACGGAACGCGAGUGUACAGCCCUCCUGAGUGGAUCCGCUACCAUCGCUACCACGGCAGGUCAGCAGCCGUCUGGUCCCUGGGGAUCCUGCUCUAUGACAUGGUCUGCGGAGAUAUUCCGUUUGAGCAUGACGAAGAGAUCAUCAAGGGCCAAGUGUUCUUCAGGCAGAGGGUCUCCUCAGAAUGUCAGCAUCUCAUUAGGUGGUGCCUGGCCCUGAGACCUUCAGACCGGCCGUCCUUCGAAGAGAUCCAGAACCACCCCUGGAUGCAGGAUGUCCUCCUACCCCAGGCCACCGCCGAGAUUGACCUGCACAGCCUGUCACCGUCGCCCAGCAAAUAGCGGCCGUGCUGUCAGACCCUCCAGGGGAGAGAGCUUGUCUCUGGCUUCCAGCAGGACCCUGCAUGGUGCGGGAACAGUAGUGACAACGCAUUCCAGACUGCGGAUUCCCUGGAGCAGCCUCCCACAGGGAAAAGACUACUUGCCCCGGGCCCUCUCUUCCACCCCAUAGACUCUCACGGCGUCUAGUGUUGUUGGGCUCCGAAGAAUCCCGGGGUGGGGGGCGGGGGAGUGGGUCAGGGCCCUGCCUUGGACCUGAGUUACCAUGGAGACUACAGGUCACCAAGAUGGGCCGGGGUUGGGAAAACAUUUGGGGGUGGGAUGAAAAACUAGCAUAAUAUUUAAGUCCCUGUCACCUCUUCCGACUCCUCUGAGUGCCUUCUGUGGGGACUCCGGCUGUGCUGGGAGAAAUACUUGAACUUGCCUCUUACCUGCUGCUUUUCAAAUUCUGCCUGGGUUUGGUCCCCUACUCUUCUUUCCUGUGCCCCUCCCCCUUCCUGUGAACGGUGCCAUGGAAGAGGCUACAGGGCCCAACUGCUGAGCCACCUGUGCCCGUUACUCUGCCUCUAGUAAAAUUCCCAAGUGAACUGGUCUUCCUUUCUGGUUUCUACUUAACUAUUUCAGAGCCAAGACCUCACCUAGAACGCACAACCAAUGCAACACAACCAGACAAGCUGUAAAUGUAAAUGUGUACAUGACGGCCUGCGAAAAGACUGUAGUUGAUAACAAUGUUAAAGAAAAAAAUGCCUUCUAAGUUAUUUUAUCUGUUGGGUUUUUUCUUUUUUUCCUUUUUCUCCAUUUGUUUUUGAAAGAUGGCACAUUCUAGCCUGGAAGUCAAUGUUUAAUGUAUUUAUUUAUUUAUUUAUUUGGUUGCCUUCCUGUUCCCAGCUUCCACUGGCUGUUGCCCUGGGAUUUUUAUUGUCAGUGUUCUGGUUUAUUUUUUCCUCCUGACUUGGGGACCUUUUAGGGAGGGCCGCAACGCUUGCUGGGGUGUCAGGGCUCCGGCGGGACAGCUGCUGUAGCUCCCUUGGGUGGGGGCUUCUGGCCUGCUUGCUGGAGUGGGUCUGGGCUCUGUCCGGGAAGGGGCAUUGCUGGCUGUACAUAGAACAGAAAGGCAGUUCUGGUGUGUGCCUUCCGGAUCCUCUCUGGGGCUUUGAGCAGCAUGUAGCCUGCUGGUUUUAUCUGAGUGAAAUACUGUACAGGGGAAUAAAAGAGAUCUUAUUUUUUUUUUUUUAUACUUGGCAUUUUUUGAAUAAAAACCUUUUGUCUUAA